AUGAGCUCCAUCUUUGGGGAAUUCUUGAACUUUGAUUAUCUGCAUUUCAACCGAGUGUGCAAUGGUGCUAAUAACAAAUGGGUCUGGUUCCCCAAGUCCAAAAAUCACAAGCUGACCUCUAUGGUUUACACCCAUUUCAACAAUUCGGUUGGUAACCAUGAUACUUGGAAUGGUUGGGGCAACCUUUGGCGCUUGUUUGUUGCUCCCAGGCCUAAACACUUCAUUUGGUUACUAUUACAUAAUGGUAUUAAAACAUAUGAGUAUCUUUACAGGUUGAAUCUGGGUGCUCAAACCUUUUGCAAAUUCUGUAAUCUUGACUUUGAAAAUGCUGAGCACCUAUUCAACUCUUGUCCCAAAACACAGAUUGUUUGGCAACAGGUUAGUAAUGCUAUUGGUAAGCAAAUUGUCUUUCAUGAAGGGUUCUCAACUGGUAAUUGGCUGUCUCCGGACCAUCCUGAAUAUGACUUGAAUGUUCAGUCCAUAAUUGGGGUGACUUCUUGGCUCAUUUGGAAGACUCGAUGUAACCUUAUAUUUCGUCAAGAAUCUCCUGACUUUCAAUCCAUUCCUAUCAGGGCAAUUAAUCAUGUCAGGGAGUUCUCUCAAUCUUCAAAUUUUAAUUCCAGCAAGCAACUCAUACUUAGUAAUUUUUCCAUCAAUGAUGGGCCUUAUCUUUUUGUGGCUUCUACGAGUCAUAGAGAGGCUAAUACUCAUGGUGCUGGUUUUCAUCUUACUAAUGGUUACUCUCAGUUUGUGUGUGCAGGGUACUGUAAUAAUUUUGCAGAAUCAACCCUUGAAGCUAAAUCCUUAGCCCUUUUGAUUGCACUUGGCAGCCUCCAUGCGUCUGAUCUCCAAGUUAAAACGAUCUUCAUUGCUUGCUCUGAGCUCUUCAACAUCAUUAAACAUGGUUGUGAUCCUCAAGCUUGGCGAUUGAACCCGUUAAUUCUCAGCAUCAACGAUUAUCUUUCCAGCUUUGAUCUCCCACGAGUGUGCAUUAUUCCGAAGGCCUGGAUGAAUGUUGCCAAUAAUCUGGCGAUCCAUGGAGUUAACUCCCAUGCUCUCACUCUUUUCCAUCAGGGUAAGGAUCUACCGCGCUGGCUCAUGAAGCAAGUCCUCAAGUCCGGCAUUAGUUUGUAA